CUGUUGGACCUAGGUGUUAGAUCGUCCCUGUUGCCUUGGAUUAUCAACUUCCUAACUAACCGCCGUCAUCGGGUCAAACUUGGAGGAAAAACGUCAGACUGGUUGCCAAUGAAUGCGGGUGUCCCCCAGGGAACUAAACUCGGUCCAAUUCUGUUUUUGGCGAUGAUAAAUGAUCUCGAUGUGAAACCACACGCAACGGAUAUUUGGAAAUUUGUGGAUGACAUAUCAACAUCUGAAAAUAUCACAAAGGGCAGCAACUCAAAGUUUCAGUUCUGUAUUGAUACUAUAAAUUCUUGGGCUUCGUGCAACCUUAUGAAACUUAACUCCAAAAAGUGCAAAGAACUACGCGUUUGCUUUCUGAGGGAAUCACCUGAUCUAUCACCAUUGUUGAUCGACGGUCAUGCGCUUGAGGUUGUGCGGUCUCAUAAAGUCCUAGGUCUGGUUAUCCAAAACGAUCUUAAAUGGAAUGCACGCAUAGAAUCAGUUGUAUCCAAGGCUUCUAAACGUUUAUAUAUCAUCCGCAUAUUACGACGAGGUGGUGUCCCUGCGGAAGACUUAUUGAGUAUAUACUUUGCCUUAAUACGAUCGGUUCUGGAGUACUGUUGUGUG